GCAGAGCCCCAGCAGCACUUUAGGAGAUGUGCUGAUUGUCUUUUUCUUGCAUAAAAACCAGACUGUCAAGGAACAAUUGGGAGUAUUUUCCAAAUGGGCGUUAUCGCUGACUUUUUUUCUCCUCCGGCAAGCUCAAUCACGCCACGUUUGACUUGAACUGCAGGGCUGAGCUUUGCCUCAAGAGUAAAGAGAGAAGAAGAAAAGUUUCUAAAGUUGUAUUUAAUUGUCCUUCUGGCUCGGAUCACCACUUCCAGAGGCUUGGAGCCGAGCAGCAUGCCGGACUGAGAGGCAUGGCUUCGGCCGUGUUCGAGGGCACGUCGCUGGUCAACAUGUUCGUGCGGGACUGCUGGGUCAACGGGGUCCGGAGACUCGUCAUCAGCCAGCGGGGAGAGGAGGAGGACUUCUUCGAGAUCCGGACCGAGUGGUCGGACAGGAAUGUCCUCUACUUGCACAGGAGUUACUCGGACUUGGGUCGCCUGUUUAAACGUCUCAACGAGUCCUUUCCUGAGGACGCAAGAGACCUGUCCUCCUCUCCGCUCACUGAAGGCUUGGUGAAAAUCAAAGAAGCGAACGACACUGAGGAGAAAUUAAACGAGGUGGAGCGACUGCUGAAGAACGCCAUCAACAUGCCCUGCAAGUAUUCUAGGUCAGAGGUCAUGCUGACGUUCUUCGAGAGGUCGCCGCUGGACCAGGUGCUCCGCAACGACAAGGUGCACAGAAUCCAGCCCUGCUUCCAGAGUCCGGUCAAGAUAUCGGACAUCAUGCGCUCAAACGGCUUCUGUCUGGCAAAUACUGAAACAAUAGUGUUUGAUCACAAACUCCCGGAAGACAAGGAGAGACCUUCAUCCACCGACUCUGUGGAGCACACGUAUGAGGACGGACACGAGUUCUUGCAGAUGGAUGUGUGCGACGAGGAGGCAUACGUUACCAACUUGUCCUACUACCACCUGGUCCCUUUUGAAACAGACAUCCUGGAAUGAGGAGCUGAUGUGAGGAACACGCCCUCCAAGCUAUGCAAGGCUGCUCGGAUGCUCUGCUGUGAUGCUGCUGCUGUUUUGCGGCGUUCCCAUGUAGCAGCAAGAAGUAGAAGAACCGGUUUUUGUCAUGACAUCUGCACCAUUCCUCUGGAAAGUCCUUUGACAUAAGUGGUGGUAACCUAAUCUAAUACACCAGCAGAACAGAUUUCUACAAGCUGCUACCAAAGGAGGUUUUUCUCCACUCUGGUUGUGUGCCAUCUUUGUUUAUUGUGCUUUUUUUGGAGCACAUAAAUCUCUCAGCUGGAUUUGUGUUGCAGAUUUGGAAGCUUUUGUCGGCUAAAGCAGUGGAUUAUUUGACAAUUGAAGUGGUGAAACAAAAUAUUGGUUCUGGUGUGCCUCUUGGAUCCUUUCGUAGCCCCUUUAAGAUGCCAUGUUAUAAAGGAAGUUAAGUACUUUUGGGGAUAUUUUGAAAGCAUUAUGAAGGUUUUUCUCCAUAAUGACUUACAAUGUCGUUGUAUUUUAACUUGUCCUGUCUCUAAACUUUCAUCCGGGCAAACAGCUGAUAAGCAUUCACAUCUUUUGGUAUUUUAUGAGUCCUUCCAUUUUAAGAGUUGCUGUCAAUGAGCUUAUCAGAUGCAGCUUUUUUGCAAAAUUGUAAACUUGUGUUGGUUUUUUGCGUGUGACCAAACUCCCUUUUGCCACUUGAAUGAAUGCAGAAGACACAAUGUGGGCCCAUGACAGCUUAGGUGCAGUAUUCUGCUCCCCCUACAAAUACCAAGGCAUUCAAGCCUCACAAAGUUGGCACACAAGGCCUCGGCAUGAGUCUGUUUAGUAACACAGUCAUGAUCACGAUUCCCCGCUGAGAAAGGACAGCUCAUUCUCUGGGUGCACUGGGUGCAGUUGUGGGUUCUGUCACUUUCCUUUGAAGUGUUAUUAUUUACAGGUUAAAUACCCUUCAUAACGGUAUAACACGCCUUCCAAUGCAAUAACCAAAUGGUACACCAAACCUUUGCAGUAAUUUUAAAGUCAGUAUCAGCAUUGCUGAUAAUAAUGAAAUAAUAUGGCAAGAUUUUGAUGAGAUUUCUUUACCUAAUGUGAAUAACAUUGUAGAACCCAAUGAGGAUUAUCAUGAACUGGCACCAUAAUGUUCAUUUUGUGAUUGUUUUUGUGUUUAACUAUUCUGACAGUAUUAAUUCUUAAAACAAAUGUUUAAUAAAAUCAAUGUUAAUUUAACGUGCUGUUUCUGUUUGUAAGUGGUUGGAAGUGCAGUAUUUUGAUCUUCAAGCGCCAUCUUGUGGU